AUUGCGCUAAUAGAUAUAAGAGAAAAUAAUUUUUCUGUAUGUGCCAUUUAAAGAGCCUCAGAAUGGAAAUAAUGUCUAGCAUAGAUUUCGGUGGUAAUAUUAAUAAUAACGGCUAUAUGAAAGAUUACUGACAACGAAUGAGUUUCCACAUAUCUUGAGAUCAAUAGCGCAUCAGAACUCGCUGUUCCGUUGGUAGAACCUCAUAGGAAACUGAUGAAAGAUAUUACAAAAUAAAACAUUGCACAGCGUCUACCAAAGUCGCGUGCGCGUUUUUGUAUGACUAUCAGGAUUUAUGGAAAUCGGAUAAAAACGGAUAGGUGUUUAACGAAAAAUCGAUGAGAUGAAGUCGGUGAUGCAAUACAUAGUUGCAUGGUUGCUUAUUUCAUCAUGUGUAUCCAUAAUUGAAGUGUCCGGAUUUGAGUGCCAGAAUCUACAGUCAUGUGACUGCAGGAGGGAACGUGAUUGGCUGGAUGGUGAUACACACAGCUACGGUGUUGUGGAAUGCGAGGGAGAGUUGGAAAUGACGUCAUUCAAUUUCAGCACAUUCAACAAAAAAGAAGAAAUUCGGAAAAUGAUUUUUACAAAUACAAGCAUACGCACUUUAGGACAGAAAUGCUUUUAGCGGUUUUCAGAUAAAUACUAUUAAAAUUCAAAAUCAAACGAUCAGCAUACAAACAGAUGCCUUCGUUUCUUUGAAGCAUUCGUUAAAACACGUUUCGUUAAUAAGUAUUAACAUAAGUCGCUUGUGGAAACUGGAUUAUCUGAAGCAGUUGGAAAAUCUUGAAUCUCUUACACUGGAUGGAAAUGGAAUUUAUCCAGAGCAUUUUCCCAAUUUCGUUUUCAGAAACGUUAGUUUGACAUCUCUUAAAUCCUUAUCUCUUAGGUAUUGCCAAAUAGCAAUUAUGUCUGGGAAAGCUUUAGAAGGACUACCUAAUUUAGAAAUAUUAGAUUUGUCUCAUAACUAUCUGCCAAUGGUCCCAGACGCAAUAUUACUAUUGAGAAAGUUGCGAAAGCUUAAUUUGUCUUUCAACAAAAGGUUGAUCUAUGUUCACGAUUACGCCUUUAAACCUCUGAGAUAUCUAGAAGAAAUCGACAUUAGUAACACUGACCUCAGUACCGUAUCUGAAUUUGCUUUCUUUGGCUUAGAAAAUAGUUUGAAAACCUUACAGUUGCAUCAUGCUCUUUUACAAGACGGACAUUUUUCAUCAAUGAAAGAACUGAAGCGGUUGAAAACAAUUGAUAUCUCCUAUAAUAAAAUUGUUGAAAUGCAUAACACCUCGUUUGAAGGUUUUGUGGCUUUGGAAGAGUUAGAUAUCAGUGGACAAUCUGAUAUAAGAAGUGGUGUGCCAUACAGGCUGGGAUUCAUUGAUUCUGUAUUCAAAGGCGUUGAGAGAAAACUGAAAACUCUCCGUAUAAGAGACCUAGGUAUGGACUAUUCUCUUCCACUUGGUGCUCUGAAGUCACUCCAACGAUUAGAGACACUAGACGCAUCAAGGAACGAAUUUACAGAAAUAUACGAAAGUUUCUUUUAUGGUAUCAAAGCACGAAAUAUAUAUCUUACAGAUAUGGAGAUAAAUAGUGUGUCAAAUUUUGCAUUUGAAACCCUACGACCAGGUGUUAAUAUUUAUUUCGAUAGAAAUAAUAUAACAAAUAUUUCGUUUGUGCUAGAUACACCGAUUUGUCUUUUCGAAAAACUGUCACUCAUAGGAAACCCAUUAACAUGUGGAUGUGACGUCAUAGAAAUUGCAGCUACCAAUCGGAUUUCAGAACUUAUAGGCACAUGCGCAGAUGAUUUUUAUAGAGGAGAAAAUAUCAAAGCGCUACCUGAAUUAGACAUAGCAAUGAUAAACUGUGAUACAAAAGGAUAUAAGAAAAUUACCCAUUGCUCAUAUAUCAACAGAUCUGUUAAUAUCUCACUGAACAUUUUCACCAUGUUUACAUUUGCCAUAUUUUGUCUUUUUCGUUUUAUUUAGAUCAUUGUUAAUAGUUUGUUUUUGUUUUCUUACAUUUUCAUACUAAAUUAAAUUAAAAAAAAAACAACAACAACAAAGUUUUCACGUGUUCACUGCCCUUUACCUUCGGAGCUCGGACGAAUGUAUCAGAAAGCCAUCAGGCUAUCUUUCGGAGGUCCCGUGGUUCUACCCAGAUGCCCUAAAUAUAUUUCGGAGGGAGAGCAGGGUCGUACUCCACAGCUAAAUCUAUAUGCUAUAUAUCCUGAAUUGUGUCGGUGUAACUAGGACUGAGAAAAAUAAAAAGGUAAGGGUAGUUUUACGCGGUCACAGAGCACCUCUAAUAGAGCAAGAGCGGGUCUUGUGUACAAGGCGAUUUAUGUCACCUUCACAGUGGAAUAGUUUUAGAUAAAGUAGGUCUUUUCAUCGCUUUGCUUUCAACGGUAC